AUCGCCAGUCUCCAAAAAGCCCAACCACCAACAAUUGCCUGUCCGAGGCUCGCAAUUUGGAAGAUAGAAGCCAUUGCAGACAGAGCAUUGCAGAGCUCAAGCGCUUCCCGUGCGCUCUAGACGCUGUUCCGACAUGGCCUCGCCGUUGACGCCUGCCGGUGCGACCAACCUGAACCGAUCGCCCGCCGCCCCCGUCACAGUUGCGAGGUACGACGACUACGAAUUCGUCAAAGCAUACCCCCGGGAGCCGACCGAAAUGGCUGCUGCCGAGGACUCGGCGCAUGAUUCAUCGCCCUUCGUGUCGGCCGUCACCGAGACGAGCGCGUCGGGCCAGGAGAAUGUCUCUCCGUGCAAAGCGCCCGACGCACGCCGCAGCCGUAUCAUUUCUGGCACCGAACUAUCCCCCCUCAAGAUCCUCUCCUCUUCCGACCAGAAGCGCAGCUCUUCGCCGUCGUCGGGCUCGGAAGGAGAGAAGCGCCGCCGCCGCAGCAGCAGCCCCCGGAAGAUGUCGCCAGACAAGCGGUUCCCUGUUAGGGUCAGUGGGCCGGAAGAGGUGGCGCCCAGGCUCGGAAGGGCUCACGAGCGGAAGAUGAGUCUUGAAGACGCGGUGAAGCAAAACGAGGGGUUGAGGCAUGCGAUUGACAUCUUCGAAGACGAACAAAGCACCUUGGAGGAGGAUGGCGAGAAUGCGCCGGCGGCGUGUAGGCCCGAGGACGAGGCGGCCACGCCAGACGACACCAUGGUCAGCACGUUCAGCACCUUCUCAGCAGUGCCGAACAUGACCAUGUUUGCGAAGCUGGGGCAGAGCCCAACAAAGUUCUCUGGCUUGGACGGCAUGACACCGCGUGCGAGACCUGACCUGUCCGCUGCACGACAGACGCGUCAACCCUCCCAUGACGAUUCUGGAAACACUACAAAUCUCUUGAUGGAGUUUACUGAGCAGAUGAGAUUCCCGCAACGAUCACCUGCGAAACGUGGAAACAACCCAUCGCCGUCGCGUCUCGCCGCCAACUUGUCCUCCACCCCAAGUCGCCCCCUCAGCAAUCUCAUCGACUUUGACAUUCCGCCGAUGCCGACGCCCCGGAGCGUGCCGUCUAUCACGCCGCGCGAGCUCGAAUCGCUCAAGUCCGGGUUCCUGUCGGAGAUCAGCUCCCUGAAGGCGUCGCUGAGCGGCAAGGAGGCCGAGGUGCAGUCUCUCAAGGCCGCGGUCGGCGACGCGGAGAAGCGUGUCGGCGAAUCCCUAGAGCAGGUGCGCGAGGAGCGCGCCCUCAGAGAACACCUCACGGCGGAGAAAGAGGACUGGGAGAAGCGGGGCCGCGAGAUGGAGAGCGUCCUCCGCAAGGUUAGGGAAGAGAUUGUGCACGGCCAGCGGGAGAGGGACGAGCUCGAGCAGAAGCUCGACGAAAGCGAGAAGCGCAGGGAGGCUGCGGAGAUGCUACACCAAGAGGCAGAGAGCAAGAUGGCGGGAAUGCGUGCCGGCAAGGACAGCUCGUCUCCUGGCAAGGCAGCAGCCACGUCUCCGACUUCCCCCACCACCACCACGACUAACAACAACAACAAGGAGGUCGAGAUGGCUGUCGAGCGUGUCGCCCGCGAGCUCCACGCGCUGUACAAGAGCAAGCACGAGACCAAAGUGGCGGCGCUCAAGAAGUCGUAUGAGUCGCGCUGGGAGAAGAAGGUGCGCGAGCUCGAGUCGCGGCUCGAGGAGCUGUCGGACGACAACGACCGCCUGCGCGUCGGCCGCGACGCCACCAUGACCAAGGUGGAGGCGUCAGAGGUGUCCGAGGAGCGCAAGGCGCAGGCCGUUCGCGACAGCGCCGCCAUCAAAGAGCUCAACGCCAACGUGCAGCGCCUCGAGGCGGUCGUGGACACGGUCAAGAAGGACAAUGAGCAGCUGCGCGGUAUGCUGGAGAGGGAGCGCGUCGAAAAGGGCGAGCUGGUCCAGCUGGCCGAGGAGAUGAUGAGUAUGCAGAGCUUCGUCGCGCAGCCGAAGCAGCAACAUCAACAGCAACAGCAACAGCCGUCUUAUCAUCACUCGCAGAUGCCCGCUCAGAAUCACACCCAGCACGCUGGGCUACUGCAUCAUCAGAUUCAUCAUCAGCAACAGCCGCCGCCGGCGCAGCGCCAGCCAGAGCAGGCCAAGACGCCGCGCGCAUCGGCCGGACGCGGCUCCGGGCUCCGCGCCCCCGGCACGGGACUCCGGGCGCCGCACGAGCGGACCAAGAGCGGAGGCGGUCUCCCGCGGCCGGGCGGCGCGGUGCCGAGGAGCGGCAUCAUGAGCUCCAUUGAGAAGAUGGGCAACUACCGCGGACGCGCCGAGUAAGCUGCCAACUCGAUAGGCAGGCGUGCGGUUCCGCUGCGGCUCCUUUGUGCGCGUACGGUGCGAUGAACGGCGACGAGAACGCAGAAGUGGCAAUGUACGAUGGAUCAAAGCUGGGGGAAAGAGGCAGUGCUCUCGGAGGGGAUGGACGGCACUAGGGAGCAAACAGUUGUUCCCUUUACUUCUCUAACGACUUACUUGGUCUUCGGCCCGCUGACGCCGCUGCUACUCUUCUGUUUCUUCUUCUUCUUUCUUGCCUCAUGUGGACGGCGUACGGUAGAUCGAGAUUAGCAUUGACGAGCGCGGCAUGACUGGCAGCUGCGCUCCAUGAUGAAUGUGAACACGAGUGUCCGAAGCAAAGCAUUUGCAUGACUAGACUGCGAAACGAGGCCGCGCCAGCGUGAAGUGGUCAUGAGGAGGAUCGACCGAAUGGUAGUGGUAUCAAGCU